CGACUUAUGAGGCCGAGCAGCGGCCCGCUGCCCAGCCGUCCUCCUGCGCCCCGCGGGGCCGCUGCGUCUCUGCGGCAGGAGCCGGGCGCCCAUGGCCUGGCACUGAGCCCCCUGCCUCCUCCCUGCCUCAGGGCCGCGCACCCGGGAAAGCCACAGGAGCUCCAGGAAGAUGGCAUGCCUGCCCGCCGCCCCGCCGGCGCUGAGGAGGUGGCUGGGGCUCGGGCUCUUCAUGCUGCUCUGCCUUAGUUUAGGCUAUGCACUGGAGAAGAAAGUAGUCAAAAGCAAAGUGGGGGAAAAAGUCGGCCUGCCUUGUUGUUAUGAAAUUCCCAGCUCAGAAAGCCUAUAUGAUUACCGGGUCUACUGGCAGAAGAACACUACGAAGGUAGUGCUUGCCUAUGCAAAGGGGGAGAAGAUCUCCAACCAUGAGCGAUAUGACAACCGGACAGAGAUGAACCCCAGGAACCUCACCCUGUGGAUCUCCCCCGUGGAAAUCCUGGACAAUGGCUCUUACCAGUGUAUAGUUCAGAACCUCAGAUCUCCCCAGAACCCAUUUGUUUUGUGUGAGGAAACUGUCACCCUCUUUGUCACAGCUGACUUCAGCAAGCCGAACAUAACAGCAGAAGUAUCCGCUACUUCUUGUGAAUCAGCUGAGAUGGUGGUAAGAUGUUCUUCUCAUGGAGGUUUCCCCAAACCCAAAAUCUCUGGAACCCUCAACAACGAGUCCGUGGUGUGGAAUGGCACCUGGGUGUCCAAGUCCAGCCUCAGCCUGUACAACGUCACUGGCAAACUGUGGCUCAAUGUGACCAAAGACGUCAGCUUCACUUGCUCCGUUGAAUACAAUGGCUUUGUCAAGUCCACCAGUUUGCUUCUAAACAAAACAAAUGGCUGCAUUGUCCCUACUGUGCCUCCAUCUUAUAAUGUCGUCACUGCUUCAAGUAUCAUCAUUAUCACCUUCCUUCUGGCUAUCACCCUAGCAGCAAGAUACCUCCCAAGGCAUGUCUGUUCUCACUGUUGUAAGCCUCAGGAUUCAGUGGAAGAGGGUGUGAAAGAAUGUAUGAAGCCACCUGUGACCUCUAAAGCGACACCUGAAACAUCAUCUGUAUGACCAGAUUGCAUCUGCAGGUAGUUUUCUUCACCAUUCUUCUCUUGCCAUAGCUUCUCCAAUACUAUUAGAUUCUUGUGCCAUGUUAGCUCACAAAACCAUGUAUGGCUUUUAAUACGAGUGUGUGCUGUCCUUUAGGGAAAAUAAAAGCAGUAGGACCCUACUGCCAACUCAGACACAUGGUGUUUCCCAGUCAGUAACUAGAGGAAUGAUGCUCAUGUUGCUUGUGAGGCAUUGCUUUGUUUGGGUUAUUUCAAAUUUCUACAAAUUAAUCUAGUGAAUAAUGUUAAGAGGACCAAAUUUCCUGGGCUGCUAAGCUGCUUUUCCCACAGAAUGGGCCCUGCAUGGAUGCAAGAUUUUGUAGCAUUCAUUUCCUCGAUUAUCAAAAUUUUUAGGGCCUAAAUGGGUAUGAAGAAUGAUAUAAGUGAAAGAAAAGGAAGUUUUGACAACUUUGACUUGUCAGUGACUCCUCUGAACCUGUGUAAGGGAGCUGGUUAAUGUCUGAGAGGUGGGUUUGUAGCAUGGUCAUCCAUCUAUCAGGAUCUGCAGUGACAUCCCCUUUCUCUGCCCUUGUGCUCGUUUCAUGGGCCUCCCAACUAAGAACUGGGCAGUCUCUUAGUUCCUGUCCUGUUGCACUCAUUCGUAGGUAGCUCAUCACUACUACAGGUCCCACAUGUGGCUUCAUCCCCUAGAGGUUAUUUCUGGCUGAUGCCCCAUCAGUCACGUGCCUCAUCUGGGAUGGGAACAUCACUGAUGAUAGAAAUGAAGGAUUGCCUGAAUGGUAGUGAGGGAAAGGUAUAUAAUAAGAGAACAACUCCAUCUUUCCCAGUAAGAUUAACAAAGCCAGUUCUCUUCCGAGACAUCUCCAACCCCUUCAGCAGCUGGAGGAAUGGAGAAGGAAGUUUUCCCUCUAAGACUUGCCCAGGAAACACUUGUAUUUUAAAAGGAGUUACAUUCAAUAAUGAAGUAUUGUGAAGGAUGGGCUGGGAAACAGUCUAGCUUACCAAGGUUUUAUGACUACAAAGCAUUAUAUUCAUUUUGGCUUAAAAACUCAGCUGUGUUCAGGGCUGUGUCCUCCAAAAAGACAUUUUUCAAGUCAAGAGAUUUAAGGACAGAUUAGCAGCUGAGUCUUAUUCGCAUCAUUAUUCAGGUGACUGCAUUUCUUGCUCUCACCACAGCAUGCUGAAUUGCCACAGUAAUGAUACAGAGUAACAGCCGUAGAGUUCUAGAAGUCAUGAAUUUGUCACACUGUGCGUUGCAGUAAUCUAAAAGCUUAACAUUUUUGAAAUGGAAAGGAAGGAAAACUAUCAUCCAGGCCACCCAUCUCAUUUCCAAACCUGACCACCUACUCAUGCUUUCCUCCGGGGAAGGCCCUAUCUGGAACAGAUACUAGAGACUUGGUUAGCAUGAAUUCUGGGGGGUUUUGUGAUGGAAAUGGUGGGAGAGCACCUACUGAAUAAAUCCAUUCUGCCACAUUACUCUUUUGUUAUAAAAGUUCGGCAGGCUUUUUCUGUAAGUGGCUAGUGUUCUCCAACUCCAGUGCCUGGAACAGUGUCUGUGGACAGGGAUGGAAGCUGUGCUUCCGUAGUGGCUGUCAUCUCAUAACUGUGUGAUGUGCCGAGCCAUGACCUGUCUCUGCUUAAAUAGGAGAGUAGUUGCCCUAGCUUCGCAGAGGGAUAGGACCUCUACAGUCCAAAGUUUUUCACAGUAAGCACUGGGCCAUUCUGUAGCUCGCUUGUAGUGCCUGUCCUGAGCAAUGUAGCUCUGAACAGCUCUGGCUUUACUGUAAUAGGAGCCCUCUUGUGGAGGGCUAUCGCAGGUGAUCCCCGAUUGUCUUGGCUCUGCAACAUUCUGGCUUUCAUUUAGGAUGAAGAAGAGGGAGGGAAAACAGUAAAAUCUUUUCUUUGUGUCCCUCAGGUUUCUUAUCCUGUGUAUUCCGCACUGCAGUCCCCCUGUUUGUUGUACAGCAAUGCUUACUGCGUUGACCCUUUGGCUCUCCGAAAGGGGAUGACAGCAGUAGAAAACUGCUCAAGAAGACUGACAACAUAAUCUUGUGUGAAUGAAUACAAAACCCCACCUAUGCCACAGAAACUGUGAGGUGGUCUCAUUACAACGGGGUUGCUGGAAUUCCAACUGGGAGAACCCUCCAUGUUC